UACACACACACACACACACACACACACCGGGAGGAGCCGUCUACCCUUCCGUCACCCAUACCCGCCCCUGAGGACGGUGCGUCGUUGGCGGCGUCAAUAUUAUUUAUUAUUCCCGUUAGUCUCGGUAUUUAGCGCCGCAGCUGCUCACGGUGAUCGUUAAAACGGACGCGUCUCGUUGUUUUGUGGCGCGUGUUUUUCUUGUAACGGGGAUUAUUGAGGCGGCAUCAGCGCGCGGUGAUGCUCUCCGUUAAAGGAUCGUGAAGCGUCGCGAGUCUAAAGGACCACUGCCGUGGAUGGUUGGGAGUUAGUGCGAGUUUGUUUUGCUCUGAUGGCGAACAUGAGCAGUAGUGUGUGCAUGGAAACUCCACACGCUCAUGGCCACACCCACGGCCACACCCACAACUAUAACCCCACCCCCGGGCGGGACUUUCCUCUCCAGAUCGACUCGUGCGUGAACCCUGUGUUGGACUACAGCGCGCAGAUGGAGCGGUACCGCUCUUUCGCCACCUUCUAUAAGAACAGCACGGCUGCCGCGGCCGCUGCCGCCGCCACCCCAUUUCCCCAGACCGCCAAAAUCGCCCGCAUCGCCACGCCCCUCUUCCCCUCGGCCCGCCUGUCGGCGAUGCCGCCGUGGCCCUGCGACAACGCCAUGCUGUGGGGGCGAAAGCCCACCGCGGUUAACGUUAACGGACCUCACACACAUCGGACUGGCAUGUCAAGGGCGGAGCCGGUGAACAUGCACAUGUCCGGCAAACACAUUCCACAAGACUCCGCCCUCCCGAUGGGGGCCGACAACUUCCUGUCGCCGCUGGCCGCGGAGCAGUGUCGCGGCCUUCCCGUAACGGGGGCCGAGUGCAUGAACCGACUGAAGUGUCCGCCUUCCGUGCCGCCCGGCGGAGCCGGAGAGGCAGACCGGAGCGGGACGUUCGGAGGGAUGCCCCCGCUGGGGGGUCUGUCGCUGCCGCCGGGCGUCAUCGUCAUGACGACGCUCCACUCCGGCGCGGGGUCGUCGGGGGUCACGAUGUCAGACAGCGCGUUUCAGAUCGCCAACGUGGCGGCGGACUGCCAGCACAGCGGCUCGUCCUGCUCCGGCUCGCCCGCCGCACUCAACGGAAACGCCAACGGCAGCUGCAGCAGCGGUAGCAGCAACGGUAGCGGAGCGGCCAAGCGCAAACGCAAACGCUGCGGCGUCUGUGCCCCCUGCAGGAGGCUCAUCAACUGCGGCGUGUGCAGCUCCUGUCGAAACAGAAAGACGGGUCAUCAGAUCUGCAAGUUCAGAAAGUGCGAAGAACUCAAGAAGAAGCCGGGCAGCACGAUGGAGAGAGCGCCAUCGGCGGGAGCCGCCGACACCUUCCGCUGGUUCUUCUGAAGAACCCGCCACAAUCCACGUCAUCAAACUGGACUGAAACACUAGAAGAACUGCAGGUCAUACACUUACAGUCUACCCCGAGGUCUGAUCAUAUGGUUCCGCAAUCAGGGACUCUCACCGCCCUCCUCGCUUUCUACCCCUUCCCCUCAGGACUCACUGUGUGGCCCGUUUAGCACUGGGGGCGUCAGGUGCACAUGCCCCGCCAGAGGGACGUCGUGGACGAGUCUCUGGGUCUCAGACUGACCUCACCUCAACCAAACACCAACGGACGUAGAGAAACAGGGACUUGAAUUCAGUCGUAUCAGGACCCCAUCCGAGCUUAAAGGAACGGUUCACCUGAAAUCGAAUGUGCGGUCAUCAUUUACUCCCCAAUCGCUUGCGUCUACAGAAGAUAAAUGGAGGUUAUUUAAAGACCAUGCACUGAAGCGAAUUAGGCCGGUCAAACUCCAACACGGUAAACAGCAUAAAAGCAUUCCAUGCGAUUAAUGCACACAAGUUCUCAGAAGUCAGUUUUGUGUUGGGAAAAGACAUUUUUAAUCACAAACAACCGUCUGAUUUCCCAUUUCAUUUGAUUAACCAGGAUAUUCUUUAAAAAUUCGAACUUUUUAAAUUUGUCACAAACCAUCAUUUGACUUAAAAACACAUCAUGGUUGGGAAAAGACAUUUUUUAGUCACAAACAACCAUCCGACUUCCCAUUUCUUUUGAUCAACCAGGAUAUUCUUUAUUAUUAUUAUAGGUUCUCUGAAGUCAGUUUUGUGUUGGGAAAAGACGUUCAAAAAUUAACCUUGUUCCACAAAAGCAGGUCUUACAGAUUUAGUUUUAUAAAAGCAGUCCAUACGAUUAAUGCAGUAUAUUAUAGGUUCUCUGAUGUCGGUUUUCUGUUGGCAAAAAGCUAAUUUUUACUUUUGAAAUUUUUUAAAUUUUGAAAUCAUGGUUCCGUUGUUCUUUGAAGUGAUUGAAAGGACCAACCAAGAAAUUUUUAACAUAUUCACCUUAAGAAAGAAAGUCAAUUAAUGCACUAUAUUAUAGGUUCUCUUAAAUCGUAUGAUAGAUUUGUGUUGGAUGAAGACAUUUGUGAUCACAAACAACCAUUUGACCUUCAUUUGAUUGAAAGAAAAACCAGGAUAUUCUUGAAAAAUUCACCUUGUUCCACAGAAAAAAAGUUGGUAUGAUUAAUAUUAUAGGCUCUCUGAUACUGGUUUUCCGUUGAAAAAAAAGGACAAAUUUUUACUUCAGAAAAUGUCAUAAUUUCAUUCCUCUUAAGUGAAAGAAACAACCAGUAUGUUCUUAAAAAAAAAUAAAAAAUUCCAUAUAAUUAAUGCACUAUAUUAUAGUUUUUUGAUGUUGGUUUUCUAUUGGGAAAAGACAGACAAAUUUUUACUUUUUUUGACACAAAUCAUUUGACUUUAGAAGACGUCAUAGUUCCGUUCCUUUCUGCGAUUUAAAAAAAACAAACAAAAAAAAAACAAAAAAAAAAAAACAGUACAUUCUUAAAAAAAAUUCACCUUAAGAAAAAGUCCAUACGAUUAAUGCACUAUAUUAUAGGUUCUCUUAAGUCAUACAAUAGUUUUGUGUUGGAAAAAGACAAUUUGACCUCCGUUUCAUUUGACUGAGCGGAACAACCAGGAUAUUAAUCUUGAAAUUAAAAAUUCACCCUGUUCCACAGAAGAAAGAAAGUCCAUACGAUUAAUGCACUAUAUUAUAGGUUCUCUGAAGUCAGUUUUGCGUUGGGAAAAAGCACAUUUUUACUUUUGAAAUUUUGUCGAAAUUGUCACAUCGUGGUUCCGUUGUUCUUUUAAGUGAUUGAAAGGACCAGCUAGGAAAUUUUUUAAAUAUUCACCUUAAGAAAGAAAGUCAAUUAAUGCACUAUACUAUAGGUUCUCUUAAAUCGUAUGAUAGAUUUGUGUUGGAAAAAGACAUUUGUGGUCACAAACAACCAUUUGACCUCAAUUUGAUUGAAAGAAAAACCAGGAUAUUCUUGAAAAAUUCACCUUGUUCCACAGUAAAAAAGUCGAUCUGAUUAAUAUUACAGGCUCUCUGACACUGGUUUUCUGUUGGAAAAAAAACGGACAAAUUUUUACUUUAGAAAGUCAAGACUUCAGAAAAUGUCACGGUUUCAUUCCUCUCUUAAGUGAAAAAAACAACCAGUACGUUCUUAAAAAAAAAAAAAAAAAAAAAAAUCACAUUAAGAAAAAAAUCCAUAUAAUUAAUGCACUAUAUUAUAGUUUUUUCAUGUUGGUUUUCUAUUGGGAAAAGACAUACAAAUUUUUUUUUUGUCACAAACCAUUUGACUUUAGAAGACAUCAUGGUUCUGUUCCUCUUUGUGAUUAAAAGAAAAAAAAAAAAAACAGUACGUUCUUAAAAAAAAAAAAAA